UGUGAAUGGCGUGGCGACAGUGAAUGCUACUGGCAAGAAGCAGAAUACCACUGAAUUUGUUUGUUUACAGUUAAAGAGUUUGUAUAAAUACAAUAAAACAAUUUAUUUAUAAUAAAUGGCUGCCACGCGCUCGCGUCGCCACAACGCUGGCAACAAAAUAGCAAAGUUGCUCGAUGAAGAGGAGGACGAUUUUUAUAAAACUUCAUAUGGCGGCUUUCAGGACGAAGAAGGCGACAAGGAAUAUGUACAAAAAGACGAAGAAGAGGAUGUUGUGGAUUCAGAUUUCAGCAUAGAUGAACAGGAUGAGCCCGUAUCUGACCAAGAGGAUGCGCCCGACAAAAAACGCAAACGCGGUGGCGUCAACACCAAAGCGUAUAAGGAACCGGCGAAACCAGCUAGCAAGAAGGAGACAAAAGCCGUGCCUGCUCUGCACAAAAAGCGUGGCGGUGGGGGCGUGGUCAAGCGCAGAGUGCGCCCUCGCUUCACAGUAUUGGACUCGGGUCGGAAAUCUAUACGCACCUCCACAGCCAUCAAAACACAGGCGACAAAAAUUCGGCUCAAGGAACUAGACGAUGCACGUAAGCGCAAGAAGAAAAAGAUACGCGUAGAGGACUAUAUGCCCACGCAGGAGGAGCUGCUUGAGGAGGCAAAGAUAACCGAGGAGGAGAACAUCAAAUCACUGGAGAAAUUUCAAAAAAUGGAGCUCGAGAAAAAGAAAACGCGUCCCACCAAGCGAGUUUUCACGGGGCCAACUAUACGCUAUCAUUCAAUGACCAUGCCUGUCAUACGAAACAUGCCUACACGCACCACCAACAUCCAACCAAAUGAUCCGAAAAUUACACUUGGCAAAUGCGAGCGUACGUUUGUAACCAUUGAAAAUGAUUUCAAUGAUAAGGCUUUCCAUGCGAUUUUCCGCCCGAAACGCACGCCAAAGACUUCAAGCGGCAUUUGUCCCAUAACCAGGCUGCCAGCUCGCUACUUUGAUCCCGUUACCCAACAGCCGUACUACAGCAUUCAGGCCUUCAAGAUACUGCGCGAGGCUUACUACAUGCAGCUGGAACAGCAGUACAGCAGCAGCGAACAGCCCGAGUUGGCCAAGUGGAUGGAGUGGCGUAAGCUGGUCAAGGAGAAUCGCCAAAAGGCGGCUACAGCGGUAAAAAAUGUUAAUUAAUAAGUUAAUAUGUAAGAU